GUGAUUCUGUAGGCGAGAAUCGUCGUACCCUUUGGGGUGAUCAUCUUCCUUCUAUUUGGUCUGCCUAUGGGAAACUACCGUUGAACUUUGUAUCACGGCCCGCACUUCAAAAACGUUCAUGAGUGGCACUGCUUCGAUCCAUAUCUGAACGAAGAAGCCGUCACCUGAUACGUCUAUCUCAUGUUAGGAGUUUAUAGCGUGCUGCCGCAUGCAAGAUCUGCACGGAGAUUCCCUGAUUAUCUAUAAAACCCUUCAGGAUCUAACCCACAUCCCCGCUUCGUCUGUCCCUGAACCAUUCAGUACUGACAAUCAGCCAUGUCUGAACGAUUUCUUGACCGUUCCAAUGAAACCUGGUGGACCAAUCGAGCUCGCUCUCGUAGUGUGGACCUCUAUCAGUUCGCUGACGAUCUCGAACCAAAAUCUGAGGGUCAUCCAGUAACCAGCAAGAACAUCGUAAUUUUCGGAGAGACUGGAGUCGGUAAAAGCUCCUUGAUCAACCUGAUUGCAGGCGAGGAUAUCGCCCCAAUAUCCCCAGACGCCCUUCCCUGCACCACUGAAGAGCAUGCCUACGAGGUCGAAAUACGUGGCCAGAGGUACACUCUGCACGAUACAGUGGGUCUCGGUGGAGGAAGUUAUGGGUCAAUACCAACGGAUGUGGCUCCCGCCAAAAAGCUGAAAUAUUUCUUGACGAAGAUGUCUCAAGAAGAUGGUCUCCAUCUUCUAGUCUACUGUGUGCGUGGGUCAAGGGCCACCAGGGCAGUACGUCACAGUUACGAAACAUUCGCUGCGGCGAUUUCAGGGAUGAAAAUCCCAGUCGUUCUUGCUGUGACAUGCGUCGAUGACCUGUCAGAAGCUGGCGAUUGGUGGCGGAGGAAUGGGAAAACUGUGGAGAGUAUUGGGAUCCGGUUUGAUUCCCAUGCUUGUGUAUGUACGCUUCCCGGAGACUCCUACCGUGAUCGCCGCUACCAGUCAAAAAUCGACGUUUGCGAAAAAAUCUCCGAAUUAUGUGAUCAUGAUGGUGUUCGUUUACGACGCCCACGACGCCAGAGGAGUUUACCUUUUACUAGAUGAGAUUUGGUGUUUGUAGACUUGCUAUAUAUAUUUAUAUAUCUCGCUUGCUGUCC